AUGGCCCCUGCCGGCAACAAUUAUAUACCCCCCGGCCGCCCCGAGUCUCCUGGUCCUUUGGCAGAAGACUUCAUUAAACAGCAAGUCGCGAAACAACGCAACAACAACUACCAUUCUACUUCCCUCAGAAACAUGGUUGCCACUUCUGUAAACCGCACAGCCCUGCACCCCGGUGGUGUCCAACCGGGCAAGGGUCACACCGAGCUGGAGGAGGAGCUGCACGAGACCGCGCACAUCGACUACGAUCGCGUCGCAAUCAUUGCCAACCCUGCUGUCCCUGCUCUCUAUGAAGAUGCCCUGGUCUACGAGACCGGUACUGCCAUCACCUCCAGCGGUGCCCUCAGCGCAUACUCCGGUGCCAAGACCGGCCGAUCACCAUCCGACAAGCGCAUUGUCAAAGAAGAGUCCUCCGAGAACCAGGUCUGGUGGGGACCGGUCAACAAGCCCAUGACUCCUGAUGUCUGGCGCAUUAACCGUGAGCGUGCUGUCGACUACCUCAACACCCGGAAUCGCAUCUAUGUCAUUGAUGGGUACGCCGGUUGGGACGAGCGCUACCGCAUCAGCGUGCGCGUCGUCUGCGCCCGUGCCUACCAUGCUCUGUUCAUGCGCAACAUGCUGAUCCGCCCUACUCGUGAGGAGCUGGAGCACUUCCAUCCCGACUAUGUCAUCUACAACGCUGGCUCUUUCCCCGCCAACCGCUUCACCGAGGGUAUGACCUCGGCCACCUCCGUGGCGAUCAACUUUGCCGAGAAGGAGAUGGUUAUCCUGGGUACCGAGUACGCCGGUGAGAUGAAGAAGGGUGUCUUCACAGUCCUCUUCUACGAGAUGCCCGUCAAGCACAACGUGUUGACCCUGCACUCCUCGGCCAACGAGGGCCAGAACGGCGAUGUCACUGUCUUCUUCGGUCUGUCCGGUACGGGCAAAACCACUCUGUCCGCCGACCCCAAGCGUGCCCUGAUCGGUGACGACGAGCACUGCUGGACCGACAAGGGUGUCUUCAACAUCGAGGGCGGCUGCUACGCCAAGUGUAUUGGCCUCUCUGGCGAGAAGGAGCCUGAUAUUUUCAACGCUAUCCGCUUCGGCUCCGUUCUGGAGAACGUCGUCUUCGACCCCACCACCCGUGUCGUCAACUACGACGACAGCACCCUGACCGAGAACACCCGCUGCGCUUACCCCAUCGAGUACAUCGAGAACGCCAAGAUCCCCUGCAAGAGCGAUUCGCACCCGACCAACAUCAUCCUGCUGACCUGCGACGCGCGCGGUGUCCUGCCCCCGAUCUCCAAGCUCACCACCGAGCAGACCAUGUUCCACUUCAUCUCGGGCUACACCUCCAAGAUGGCCGGUACGGAGGACGGUGUCACCGAGCCCCAGGCAACCUUCUCGUCGUGCUUCGCCCAGCCCUUCCUGGCCCUGCACCCAAUGCGCUACGCCAGCAUGCUGGCCGACAAGAUCAAGCAGCACAAGGUCAACGCCUGGCUGCUGAACACCGGCUGGGUCGGCGCCGGCGCCACCACCGGCGGCAAGCGCUGCCCGCUCAAGUACACCCGCGCCAUCCUGGACGCCAUCCACAGCGGCGAGCUGGCAAAGGCCGACUACGAGACUUACGACGUUUUCAACCUGCACGUGCCCAAGGCCUGCCCCGGUGUGCCGGAUGAGCUGCUCAACCCCAAGAACAGCUGGACUGCCUCUACGUCCUUCAAGGACGAGGUCAACAAACUGGCCGGCCUCUUCAACGAGAACUUCAAGAAGUACUCUGACGAGGCCACUCCCGAGGUCAUUGCUGCCGGACCCAAGCCGCUAUAA